AUGAAAAAUGGCUGUUGGUUGUCAUGGCUAUGUUUGUAAUUCCAUAUUUUUUAAAAAUGACAGUCAUUCUUUUUCCUUCUCCUCAGACAGGAGGCCAUGACAGAAGCUGAGAACUUCACCUCCAUCAAGGAAUUCAUCCUGCUGGGACUCACCAGCCAGAGGAAAAUCCAGCUUCUCCUCUUUGGGAUCAUUCUUAUCAUCUACUUGCUUACAGUAUUGGGGAACAUAUUGAUCAUCAUAUUGGUGAAGGUUGAUGUAAAACUCCACACACCCAUGUAUUAUUUUCUUUCCCAACUUGCAGGGGUAGAUAUCUGCUAUGUUACCAGCACCAUGCCUCUCAUGUUGACUCAGCUCCUGGCAGACGAUGGAACCAUUUCUUUAACUUUCUGCAUGAUCCAGAUGUACAUAGCCUUGGCCGCAGGUUCUUUUGAGAGUCUACUGUUGGGGGUCAUGGCCUAUGACCGCUACCUGGCCAUCUGCCGCCCUUUACUUUACCCUGUUCUUAUGGGCAAACAGUGCCAGUUGCAGUUCACUUUAGCUUGCGGGAUCACAGCUCCUCUGAUCUGUGUGAUUUGUAUUGUCUGCCUCAUUUGCCAAAACUAUUGUGGUCCCAAUCAGAUCAAUCACUUCAUAUGUGAGUUGCCAGUGGUGUUGAAACUUGCUUGUGGCGAUACCAGUACUGCUGAGGACAUUAUUUUUGGUUUGGGUUCCUUUGUCCUUGUGGUUCCCUUUUGUAUGAUACUGACCUCCUAUGGAUUUAUUCUUCAUUCUGUGUUACAAAUGAAAUCAAGUGGGCGGCGCAAGGCUUUCUCUACCUGCGCCUCCCAUCUCCUUGUGGUCUUCUUGUUUUGUGGCCCUUCUAUCUGUGUGUAUCUGCUUCCACAGACUGAUUCAGCACCGAAUCGCGAUAAACAAAUUGCAGUCUUCUACGUUGUGAUCACUCCUCUCCUCAACUCUAUCAUUUAUACUCUGCGAAACAAGGACAUUCAUAAGGCAGUAGCCAAGAUCUUCUGAAGAAGAACCUUUGAACAAAACUAUUUGUGUCAGGAUUGAUCAACUUACUUUAAAAAAUAUAUAUCUUGAAGGCCUAGCAAUGACUCAUUGUGAGUAUUGCUCUGCAAUAAUUUGAAAGUCUGUGUUUGUCAACCCUGAGAUCAACUCUGUUCUGUGGAUAUACCACUCACAGUGUUGAAAUAUUGUAGAAAUCUGUUUGAAUGUACCAUAAUGAUGAACAAAACACUGCCCAUAGAAAUUCCUGCUCAAUUUAGCACAUAUUGGGGGAAGAUAUAGUGGUCUGAAUGUAGUGAUAUAAAUUCAGGAUAAUAUGGCUUUUUAUGAACAACAAAGUUUAAUAAAAGUUGGA